GUGGUUUAGAAACGGGAGUUACGAUAUUCUCUUCAGCCGACCACAUCUAAUUUAUCAGAGACUCAACUGCUCCAAAAUGCGUGUCUCAAACAUCGCAGCUUUUGCUACCUUUAUCGCCUCGGCGUUUUCGAUCCCUGCACCUCAGGACGGUGGCGGCGAACAAGAUCUUUGCUUGCAACAAAAGUUCCUUUCAGCACUCGAAUGCUCCGAUCUCGACCCUUCAUACACCAACGUCACUUUGCCUAGCGCUGGCUGGUACUGUUGCUGGUACCAGGGGCCAUUCUUGCCUCCUCCCGCGUUACCCGUAUCAGCUUGGUUGACCUUCUCGGAAAAUGGCACGGUUGCGAACCGUUGCUUGGCUCCAGGAACUUGCAAGGAGGGGCUACCGAACGGUCUAUCAAAAAUGUGAUGCAAAUAUAUUCGAAAUCAUGUUACAAUAGUUAAAUGGAUCAUAUUUGCAAGCCAUCUUAUCUAGCCGUCUACGCAUUUCCUUGGUUCGGUGUUAUAAUAAAGCUUUUCAUGUUUUGUAUGUAUGCUUCACGUUGAAAAGAUGGUUGCUGGAGGGAGGACAAGAGGCAUAACGAGUCUCUAACGAGUCCCUACAAUGAUUAUUUACGAGAUGAGUAAAAGUUAUAGACGGAUUCUUGUACAUAAAUAUAUACCUUUAUAUGAAUCGAUAUUGCUAUUAUUUAAAGAG